GCGCCGGAAGCGGUUCCGGUCCGACCCUGGCGCGCGCGCGGCGGCGGAGAGGAAGCGCUCGGGCGAGGCGGACCCCGCGCCCCGGCCGCGCGGCCGUGUCGUAGGUCGCCCCCAGAAGGCCAUCGGGUCGCCUGUCAGGAUAAUGCCGCGCCCCGUGGAGCUGACCUUCCGGCGCCUGGCCUGUGCCUUGGCCUCGUGCCGUCUGGCUCCUGCAGGACACAGAGGAAGUGGCCUUCUGCACACAGCCCCCGUGGCCCCCUCAGACGGGACUGCCCCGGUGUUCACCCGCGCCCUGGGCUUUGGGGACAGAACCGCCCUGGUUGACCAGCACGGCCACCACACGUACGCAGAACUUUAUUCCCGCAGCCUUCGCCUGUCCUGGGAGAUCUGCAGGCUCCGCGGGUGUGUUGGCGGGGGCCUCCGCCAGGAGAGGGUGUCCUUCCUGUGUGCUAACGACGCCUCCUACGUUGUGGCCCAGUGGGCCUCGUGGAUGAGCGGCGGCGUGGCGGUCCCCCUCUACAGGAAGCACCCUGCGGCCCAGCUGGAGUACAUCAUCUGCGACUCCCAGAGCUCGGUGGUCCUUGCCGGCCAGGAGUACCUGGAGCUCCUGAGCCCAGUGGUCCAGAAGCUGGGGGUCCCGCUGCUGCCUCUCACACCAGCUGUCUACAGUGGAGCAGCAGAGGAAGUGGCAGAGGGGCCGGUCCCGGAGCAGGAGUGGAGAGACCAGGGCGCCAUGAUCAUCUACACCAGCGGGACCACAGGGAGGCCCAAGGGCGUGCUGAGCACGCACCGCAACCUCAGGGCUGUGGUGACUGGGCUGGUCCACAAGUGGGCAUGGACCAAAGACGACGUGAUCCUCCACGUGCUCCCGCUGCACCACGUCCAUGGUGUGGUCAAUGCGCUGCUCUGCCCACUCUGGGUGGGCGCCACCUGCGUGAUGAUGCCCGAGUUCAGUGCUCAGCAGGUUUGGGAGAAGUUCUUAAGUUCUGAAACGCCGCCGAUCAGUGUGUUUAUGGCAGUGCCUACCAUAUACGCCAAGCUGAUGGAGUACUAUGACAGACAUUUUACCCAGACGCAUGUCCAGGAUUUCGUGCGUGCCGUUUGUGAACAAAAAAUCAGGCUCAUGGUCUCAGGCUCUGCCGCCCUGCCCCUCCCCGUGCUGGAGAAAUGGAAGAACAUCACAGGCCACACCCUGCUGGAGAGGUACGGCAUGACUGAGAUCGGCAUGGCUCUGUCUGGGCCCCUGAACCCCGCAGCGCGCGUGCCAGGUUCUGUGGGGACCCCACUGCCAGGCGUGCAGGUGCGCAUUGUCUCAGAAAACUCACAGAAGGAAGGUGGCGGCCACACCGUGCACGCAGAGGGAGACGAGAGGGGCACCAAGGUGACCCCAGGGUUUGAAGAGAAGGACGGGGAGCUGCUGGUGAGGGGACCCUCCGUGUUUCGAGAAUACUGGAAUAAACCAGAAGAAACUAAAAGCGCAUUCACCGGGGAUGGCUGGUUCAAGACAGGGGACACCGUGGUGUUUAAGGACGGCCAGUACUGGAUCCGAGGCCGGACCUCGGUGGACAUCAUCAAGACCGGAGGCUACAAGGUCAGCGCCCUGGAGGUGGAGCGCCACCUGCUGGCCCACCCCAGCAUCACAGAUGUGGCCGUUAUUGGAGUUCCGGACAUGACGUGGGGCCAGCGGGUCGUUGCUGUGGUGGCUGUUGGAGAACACUCACUGUCCCACAGGGAGCUUGAAGAGUGGGCCAGAAACGUGCUGGCCCCUUACGCAGUGCCCUCGGAUCUCGUGCUGGUGGAGCAGAUCCCACGGAACCAGAUGGGCAAGAUUGAUAAGAAGGAGCUCAUCAGGCGCUUCUACCCCUCAUGACCCUGGUGCCAGGGGCUGGGCACUCGGACCGGAGGUCUGGCAGGGGUCGGCAGAUGCCGCCUUCAUGCCCCGGGGUCUGGGCAGAGACCUGGCCUCCCUCAAAAAUCAAACCCGCAAAUCACGGCACACAGAAUCAACUGUUCGAGAUGAAAUCACCUCGUGAGGCCCCCAGCCUCGGGCCAGCUGUCGCUGCAUAAGGAAACUGUCCCUGUCCCCGGUGUCAGCUCUGCCUGGCCACCACCGACCUCACCCAUGCAGCGUGAUGCAGCCACGCUCCAUUGUGGCCUGGUUACCACUGCCCAGGAUGGACGUGCAUUGAGCCAGGCAGAUCUGGAGAGGCGGUGGGAUGCAGAGGGAGCGCCCUGCGGAGGCCACUCGGUCAUCAGGAGCUGAGCCUCACCCUGGGAGUCUCAAGGGUGGUGUCCCGUGGCCUUGGCUGGCAGCCGACCGGUCUGCAGUCUCACUGGAUGGAGACCCUGAGCUCCCGAGGCAUGGCCAGUCGGGGUGGGGCCGGUUCCCUGGGGCCAUCUGCUGUGUCCAGGAGCCUGGCGCUGCCAUUGGCCUUGCCCCAGGGCCCAGCUCUGCUCUUCGUCCCCUCACCUUCCCUCCGUGGGUCCCAAGUGUGGCAAGUCUUUAAAGUGGGACAGCCGGCGCCAGCCCUGCCCCCAAUGGGUCCCUCGGCCACUCAGGGCCUGUGUCCUUGUCCGUGACACAGGAAUAAGGGCCGCUUGUGCAAGGGCAUGAGAGGGUCCCAUGGAAGUUGUGUUUCAGAAGGUUCCUAGCCCAGCUCCCAGGGCAGGCUGCAGGCUCAGCAGGGGUUCUUCGUCUUGCCCUCGGUCCCUGACCAGCAGGUUCCCCAGGGCUGUCCCGGCUGGGAUGGGUGGAGCUUGGUGCUACAGGCCAGCGAGCGCAUCUUCAAAACCCACUGUGCUUCCAGGGCCUCAGGAGCACAGGGUGGGUGCAGGGCCCCAGGCUCCGCCAGCCAUGCCCUGACCAUCUGGGCCGGAGGCUCCCCUGCUGCCCUGCUGUGCGUCUGCAAGGGAGCGCCCUUCCUAGCUUCAUUCCCUGUGGCCCCGCCCCAGCCUCCCUGGGGCACACGGGCGUGUGUGUGAGUCCACAUCAGCAAGCAGGUGUCCAGCACAUCACACACACGCGGCCGCGUCACAGAGGAGUGAGACGGACUCCCCGUGUGUCCACGUGGGGGCGCUGUCGGGCAGCUCAGGCUCGGGGUGCGAUGCAGGAUGCGGGCGCAUCCGGCGUCCUUCACCCAUGGUGGCCCUAGCCACAGCCCUAGUCCUCUCUGGAGCAUGAGCCAGUGCCCACCCAGGCAGCCCGUCGUCAUCAGCUCACAGCACGCGUCCCCCAUUGACAGUCUGGUCACUCACAACCAUUCAGUUAUCCCAGAAUGGCUGCAGGUCACAGAGUCAUCAAUCUUACUUCCACCUGCCAGCCCUCCCCAGCCUCGCAGCCAAGCCCAUUAAGACAGCAGCAAUGCCAGCGGCAUGUGGCGUCUUUACGGCAUCAGCAGCAGGCCCAGCACUCCCACUCCGCUGGGAAACAGCCGCCUCUUAGCUGGAAAAAAGACGACACGCCGUGCCAGCUAAUGGCUAUCCCCUGCACACGCACAUACAUGCACACACAGACACACGUGUCUGUAAACAGGUCUGGCCUCAGAGCCACCCUCCAGGUGGGGCUCCCGCAGGCCCCAGCAUCUGGUGACAGCCACAGCAGGAUCAGAGCAGCCUCAAGGGCCCGGUGGGAGUGGGCAGGGCUGGCCCCAGGCUGAGCUUGGGGAGGUGGCCCAGGCCUGCGACUCACACUUUCUAAUUCUCGGGCGGGGACCACACAGCCCCUCCCAGUCUGCGAGGAAGCCCAUGUGUUCAUAUCCUGCUUCUGCUGUCCCCAGGACAGUGAAAUCUACUAAUAUGGCAUAAGAACAUUUUUUAAAGCCAUUUUAAACAUCGAGGACAGGAGAGAUGACGGCCAACCCUGUGCGCCUCCCCACCAGGUUCAAGGAGCCUGAGCCCUCCGGCCUCCUGAGCCUCUGGCUUUCAUCAGGUGGGCGCCUUCCCAGCCCACGGGGCUGGCUGCUCACAGGGCUCCAAUGCCUCCGUGCUGUUGUGGGUCUAGGUUUCAGUGCUGGCACAUCUGACAGAGCUCAGGUCCUCUGUGAGGGACGUUUCAGGCUCCCACAUGGACUUCCUUGUCUGGUCGUCCUCAGGUCACCCCGUGGGGCGCGCUGACCCCAGCAGUUGGACGCUCCCCCUCCAAGAGCAAAGCUGCAGUCGGCUGCAGGUGCGGCCUCUUGCACAGUGGAAGAAUUUCUCCGGAAAACAUUCCUGCGAGUGGAGUCACUGGAACAUAGGCCCAGAUGUCUUCCACUUGCUCCGUUUUCCUGAUGCCGUCUGAGGAGGCUGCGCACGGCGGGGGUGAGACGCUCCAUCACACCAACAGGGCAGCAGCCCCCGGCCAGGGGCCCAGUUCUCACCUCAGUGCUGAGUGUGAGGUGCAGUCUUCUGAUUUUCACUUGCAUUUCCCUGAUGACCAGUUAGGGGGGACAUCUCCACUCUGUUUCUGGGCCGUUUGGUUUUCUUACUCUGCAAGUCACCUGUUCCGGUUCUUUGCCCAUUUCCUGUUGGCUGGUCACUAUUUUUUGUGAUUGUACAUGGGUUAUUGUGGCUGGCCUUUGGCUUCAUUUGUUAUAUUGAUGGAUGUGCAGAAUUGUUAAAUUUUAAUAUAUUCAAAUGCAUUAAUCUGUACUUAUGGUUUGGGUUUUGGGGAUCUUAUCCUAAAAAAAGCAUUUCUUACUCAAAGCUUUUAAGUAUGUUUUCACAUAGUUCUUCUAAAAGUUACAAAGCUUCGCUUUUCUCACUGAAGCCGUGAAUUCACUGGAAAUGCACUUGUGUGUGGUUUGAAGUGCAGGCCUGAUUUCCCCCCAGCACGUUCACCGAGUUGCCCUUCUCUCCCCACUGCGCUGCCCCUGUGCCCCGGUGCCCUCUGCCGCCAAUUCUGCCUGGUCCAAGUCCCCGUCUCCAGGCUGCCCUGGGCUCCUCCCUCCUCCCAUAGCUUCUCCGAGGCCUUGGUGUCUGGCAGGACGGGGCACCCCUCUGGCUUCCUCCACAGCGUGGUCUGAGCUGUUCCCGCUCCUUUCCUCUUUUUUCUUUUUCUUUCUU